AUCUUCAUUCAUCCUGCUCACUUGGUAGAGUUCGGUUGACAGUUUCGCGUAAAGGUUGACUCGCAGUUGACGUGAAGAUCGAGCCCCCGUUUCUGCGUCCCAGCAAGAUCGAGCAUUGCAGCAUCAUUUGUGACACCACGCUGAACGAGUGCAUUGUGCGACGGUAGUGACAAUUCUUGGCUAAAGACAUUCAAAUCCAGGCUUACAACCACCCAAAGAAACCGAGCGCGGUGUGUGUUGCAUAAGAAAGUGAACGAAUCGAAUCCCGAUGGCGCACAAGAUGAAGUUCUUCAGCACCGUACUCCUGAUGGCGUUGGUCGUGCUCAGCGUGGUGCACCUUACACGCCAAGCGUCCGUGUCCCUGCAGGUACUAUCCCGUGCUGAGCGAUCUGCCACCAAUCACACGCUGGAAAAAUGCGAAUCCAACUCACCGUGCGGUUGGGCCAUCUACUCGACCACGACCAGGUUUAUCGAGAAGUUUGAAAAAAAUACUUGCGACUGCCCUAAGCCCCAGUUGUGCAUCCGGACGGAGGACGACAUCACUACCGGCACGUACGUGUAUCGCUGUCGAGAAGCGAACAACGGCAUAGCGUCCUAGUCGCAAGAUUAAGCUUUCCGUGACAUCCAUUUUUGGUGCCCGAAAACGAAUUCGCAAUACGCGAACUUCAAACUGCACGCGUGAACACACGGAUAUGCGUGGCCUGCGUGGCCGUCUCGGUUGUAUAUUUGCUAAUUCCUAAAUAUUAUCCAAACAAAACCACUAUCUAUGGUAGUAGAAGGGCACGAGCGGAGGAGCUACAACACACAAAAUACUCUAAGAGCAUUGUUAGCGUGUAAGGCAGUAUGUAAGACACACAAGCGUAAGCACAGGUUGGCUAUCUCCCAAUCGACUUGCGUUCCGAUCAGUGGAGGUUUUGCGGGUUUUUGGGUUGCAGCCACAUAUUUAAAAACCAAACCAACAGAAACCCCAAUUAUUUAUAUUUGCUUAGUUGCAUCUCGUGUUUUCUUUUUUGUUCUAUCUCUCCUCUUCCUUUGCCGUAAAAUAGUUUUUUAUUCUUCCGUUUGGGCAUAUCUAAUAUGCCGCCUUUAUUUUUGCAGUAAAAGUGCAGCUUUCCCCUUUUAUUAUCAAGUCAGGUACUACGAGACUCUAACCGCUAAUGCUUCCUACAACCCAGAUAGCGUAUCGUAGGACGAUGCGUCAUAUUGACGCUGUCCGCUUGCCAUUUGAAUCCGCUGGCUUUAAGCACUAUAGUAGGCCAAAACUCAUGUUUCAUCUUUCCGCCGGCUAUGCGCAGUACUCAAGGGGUCCCCGCAAGAUGGACGAUAAAAUGAAUAUUAAGGCUUCUCGACUAUUAAGAUAAAAUUUGGAACCGUCAUGUCUCAUCAACGAAAUGGGCGAGAGAGAGAGAGAGAGAUAGAUGAUAGAUGAUAGCUUCAUCUAGCUGAUAAGGCAGCAGCUUCCAAUACCAAUGUGGAAAACCUAAGAAAGCUCGGUACCCAGAACCAUCCUUUUGUCUAGCCUAGCAUAGUAGUAUUAACGUUUGGUUUGCUCCAAAAGAGAAGAGUAGGCCCGAGUCCACUACGAGUUUUUUUUUUCGUUUCUGUGCGAAUUCUUUUUUAAUUUUCUCAAAUUAUUGUUCGUACUUAAGAUAAUGUUUGCAGGUAGGAUUUUUUACGGUACGGUGCAAAAUACUAACUGAUAAGAAAGGAAGAUUCAAGGAGGAGAAAACAUACAUACGCGCAGGAAAGCAUAACUACUAGGAGGCCGCAACCGAUAGUUUCUCAACUUGUUUAACAGUAAAAUUAAACCAGGAUGCACUAUCUAUUUCCGAUGUUACAGGAGCAGGUUAAACUAGUGUAACGCCACAUCCCACCACUCCAGAUAAGCGCUACUACAGACAGUAUUCAACUCGAAUCCCUACAGCCUCCCUCCAUUCAACUUGCAACUAGGGCGAUUUGUCUUUUGCAACAACCUAUACCAUUAUCGAGAACCAUUUCCGCAGCAGAAGGUACUCAAGCUACUCUUAUAUCGAUAACGAUAACGGCAACAAUGAUUUUGGGAUGUCAAAUAAAAGCAUAAUCUUGUGAAACUGGUAA